AUGCUUGAUAACAUAUAUACUUGUCUGAUCUAUCUAUCUAUCUAUCUAUCUAUCUAUUUAUCUAUCUAUCUAUCUAUCUAUCUAUCUAUCUGUUUCAGUCUGCUCAUUAUCAGACCUGUUCAUGUUCAUCCAUUCAUUCAUUCAAUCACUCAUUCAUUCAUUCAAUUACUCAUUCAUUCAUUCUUUCUUUAUUUAUUUCUUUCUUUCCUUCUUUCUUCAUCAAGCUUAGACCGUUCAUAUAUAUCAUUCAUCGUUUGUAUUUAUGGCAGUCUGUUUGGCUUUCUUUCUUUCUUUUUAUUCUACCUAUCUAUCUAUCUAUCUAUCUAUCUAUCUAUAUCUAUCUAUCUAUCUAUCUAUCUAAAUUCUUUCAUUCUUUUUUUUUUUCUUUUAUUUCUUUUUUUUUUCUUUCUUUCUUCAUGUAGCUUAGACCGUUCAUAUAUAUCUAUUCAUCGUUUGUAUUUAUCGCAGUCUGUUUGGCUUUCUUUCUGUCUUUCUUUUAUUUUAUCUAUCUAUCUACCUACCUAUCUAUCUGUCUGUAAAGUUGCCUGGCAGCGAUUUCUUUCUUAUAAGCGAUCGGAAUUAUUUUUUUUCUUUCUUUGA